AUGAAUGUCCACACAGCUCCCAACCAGUCCCUGGUAUCGGCUCCUAAUCUCAGCGCAGUCAACAGUUCCGAUGGCUCACUCGCUUGCCCCGAAGGUAAUUUCUGGGAGUGGCUGUACACCUUUCAGCCGAUUUACAUCAUGGUGGUGUGUGUCACUGGCGUUGUGGGGAACAGCUUUGUCCUGAUGGUCCUGUGUUUACAGAAAGGACGUUGCACGGUGCCAGAGCUCUACCUGGGGAAUCUGGCUGGGGCUGACCUGCUCCUGUUGGCUGGCCUCCCCUUCUGGGCCGUUAACAUUGCCCUACACUAUGAAUGGCCUUUUGGAGAUUUCCUGUGCCGUUACGUCAACUCGGUGAUUUAUAUGAAUUUGUACAGCAGUGUCUACUUCCUGGUGAUGGUCAGCAUUGACCGCUACCUGGCUCUGGUGAAAGUCCUUCAUUACGGCAGAAUGCGGACACUCUCAUGUGUCAAGAUCAACUGCUUCAUCAUCUGGAUGUUCAGCUUGCUGAUGAGUAGUCCCAUCAUCAUAUUCCGAAGAGUGAUCUAUGUGGAAGAUUUGAACAUCUCUGCCUGCUUACUUGAUUACCCCAAUAAGUAUUGGGUUCUGAACGUGGACAUUCUGAUGGUUGCCAUUGGUUUCCUGAUCCCUGCGUUUAUCCUCAGUUUCUGCACAUUUCAGAUCCUGAAGGUCCUGAGGAACGACCAAAUGCAGCGCUUCAAGCAAGUGCACAAGGAAAGCAAGGCAGCCAUCUUGGUGCUCGCUGUCCUUUUGGUCUUUGUCAUUUGCUGGCUGCCCUUUCAGCUGCUGCAGUUCCUCAGGAUCUUUCUGUUUUCAAACAUCCUGCAGGGCUGCUCAUUAGAAAGAGCGAUUAGUAACAGCAAUCAGAUUGCGAGCUUCCUGGCCUGCACCAACAGCUGCAUUAACCCCGUGCUCUAUGUCCUUGUGGGAAAGCAGUUCAGGAAGAAAGCACGGGAGGUGUGGGUCCGAGCUGUGGUCAGGAAGAGAGCUGAAACACAAUCUCAGUGACUCACUGAAGACCCACGACACACUGCCCACACACAAGGAGCUGAUUCGUUUGCAGAUUCUCUUGUGAAUGAGAUAGAUGGCACUAACACCUCCAACCUGACAAUAUUUCUUGUGAUACGUGGUGUUAGUCUAGUUAGCAGCUGGCAUGAUGGGAAAAUGAAUCCAAUCUCUGUAUAAUGUCAAGGAAUGUAAUGAAGUGUCCAGAUCCCAAGCCUGUUUGUAGGCAUCUGCUUUCACCCAGGGAAUGGGAGGGAGAUGUCGUCAUACCAUUUAGCUCCUAUCGGUUGGGAUGAAAACUCAGCAAUGUCUUUGUGUGUCCAUAUGAUGACUCCUGGUCCUUAGAUCCCCUGGUACUGUGUAUCAAAAGAGGAUAAAUUUGAAGAUGCUUGUCUCACCACCAGAACACUUU